UGCUGAGUUUGACACAACAGCUAACGGUUCAUUCACUGUGUGUCUUUCCUCUUUUCUUUCUGCACAUUCCACCACCACUAUUUGGGACUUUCUUCAUCAGAACUACAAAAUGGCUGCCAAGCGUCCGUUCUGUGAGUCUGAAUUAUCCUGUUCAUGUUGUCUGGAUAUCUUUAAAGAUCCAGUCAUGAUGGAGUGUAGUCACAGUGUGUGUAAAGCCUGUAUAGAGAAAUACUGGGAAACUAAAGGAUACCAAGAGUGUCCUGUUUGUCGUAAAAAGUUCUCUAAUAGUAAACUUCAAUCUAACCUGGUUCUAAGGAAUCUGUGUGAGAGCUAUACAGAACACCAGGGAGCUUCAGCAGGGUCUGAGGUGCGCUGUAGUCUGCACAGUGAGAAACUCAAGCUCUUCUGUCUGGACGAUAAACAGCCUGUGUGUGUGGUGUGUCAGACCUCAAAGCUACACAGAGGCCACACCUUCAGUCCUAUUGAUGAAGUCGCAACAGACAUGAAGGAAGAACUCAAGAUCAGUCUGGUGCCACUGAGAAACAAACAGAAGACAUUUGAAGAAGUUAAACUCAUCUGUGACCAAACAGCGGCUCAUAUUAAGAGUCAAGCUCAACACACUGAGAGGCAGAUCAAGGAGGAGUUUGAGAAGCUUCACCAGUUUCUACGAGAUAAAGAGGCAGUCAGGAUAGCUGCACUGGGGGAGGAAGAGGAGCAGAAGAGUCAGAUGAUGAAGGAGAAGAUUGAGAAGAUGAGCAGAGAUAUCUCAUCUCUCUCAGACACAAUCAGAGCCAUCGAGGAGGCAACGAAAGCUGAUGAUAUCACAUUUGUACAGAACUACAAUAGCACAGUGGAAAGAGCCCAGUGCACACUGCAGGAUCCAGAGAGGCUUUCAGGAGCUCUGAUCAAUGUGGCAAAGCACCUGGGCAACCUGAAGUUCAGAGUCUGGGAGAAGAUGCAGGAGAUUGUUCAAUACACUCCUGUCACUCUGGAUCCCAACACUGCAUAUCCACGACUCGACCUGUCUGAGGAUCUGACCAGUGUGAGAUAUGGUGAUAAGAGACAUCAGCUUCCUGAUAACCCAGAGAGAUUUGAUGAUUGUUACAGUGUGCUGGGCUCUGAGGGCUUUAACUCAGGGGCACAUUUCUGGGAUGUGGAGGUUGGGGAGAACACUGAGUGGUUUGUGGGUGUGAUGACAGAGUCUCUCCAGAGGAAGGGAGACUACACCUCUAUGGCAGGACAGUGGUAUGUGUCUUAUACAGAUGGUGAAUAUAGAGCACGUGCCCCACCACAGCCUGACACUCUCCUCACAGUGAAGCAAAAACUCCAGAGGAUCAGAGUGCAGCUGGACUGGGAGAGGGGAGGACUGUCAUUCUCUGACCCUGACAGUAACACGCAAUUAUACCGUUUCACACACACUUUCACUGAGAGAGUAUUUCCAUAUUUUAGUAGUACAGGUAUUUUUCCUCUGAGGUUGCUGCCAGUGAAGGCCUCUGUAAGAGUAGAGCAGGGCAGUUAACAUAUCUUUAUACUUGCCUGGUUUGUCUGUCCUUGAUCACGUCUGAAGAAGGGGUAAAACCCAAAAUGUCACGAAAAAAUAAAAUAUUGGGAGCAAAAGAAAUCCUGGUCGUGCAGCUGACUUUUUCUCAGAAUCAUCCUGUCCUUGAACACACAAAUAUGAUUCCAGUGUCUCCUCUGAGGAUGUCAGACAAUUUCUUUUUUGCUCUCUUUUUAUUCAUCCAUUGCAGG